AAUUGAAACGGUCAAUAAAAGUGGAAAAAAAAAUCCUGCACUGGCACACGGCAGAAACUUCCUUUGUGUAAAUCAACAAAUCAGGUGGCUGCCUGAUCCCACUCCCUCCCCAGGAAUGUUAUUAAACAGGUUUAAAGUGAAUGCAAUGUUUUGGCAUGACACUACUUCUCUCCACGGGAUGAUCUGCACUCCGUAGUGAUCCAGCCUUGUUUUCAUUCAACUCUCCAAUACAUGCAGGAUGUUGCUCACCCCUGCUUUUUUUAUGUUAUCCUGCUUGCCAGUGAUAAUUAAAGGGUUUUUUUCUUUUCAGGGGUGUGUACCAAACUGAUAGCCCUUUGCAUGACUAAUAAUAGUUAUCUUAUCUUAUCUUAUGAAUCAGUUCCCAAUAAGUAGCUCUCAGCUCUCAUCAAGGUCGGUGACCCUGCCCUGAUACACGACAGUGGCACAGAAGCGACAGGCGCACCACUGAAUGUGUCACAAAGGUGCCAUGUGAGGCCGCCCGGGAAGAAAGUGAGCAGAUCAAAAUGUGUUACAACCAAAGUGCUCCUCACGUUUCAUCUGAAAAUGCUGAUAGAGGAUUUAUUGGCUACUAUGCUCUUGUCCCUUUCGUCCUUCUCACACUGCUCGUGAGUGUGGCAGCCUUGGUCGUGUUUAUCAAGAAGAGAAUGAGAUUAGAUGAGCUGCGCCACCAGCUGAUUCCUGUGUACAGCUACGACCCUGCAGAGGAAGAUCACCGCUGGGUGGAUGGUCAGCGGAAGAUUGACGAAGAGUCGAAAGAACCACUGUACAAGGAAGGGCAACUUCAUUGACUGUAAAUUGAGGCGAUUGAGUGUGAAAUAUGUAAAUGAUAGUUCGUAACAUCAAUAAUAAAUAAUGUGUUUUGUUAAAACCAAAGGCAAAAGGUCAAAUGUGUCAACUGUUGGAUUGCUUCAACAUCACACCUCUGAAUCAAUCAGGCAAUAUGGACAGGCUGAUUGGGACUAGUUAUG